GCCGCAUUGGAGCCAAAACACAAUUUUGUUUAUAUUGCGGAAUCCUCCUUAAGUUAACUGAAAAGAUGUCCAUGACAAACGUGUCCACCCACUACAUUUCGGAGAAGGUGGCCCGGGUGCGAUGGCUGCCGGAGCAGCUGCAACAGAGCGAACGAUUUAUCACCGGGAGCUGGGACAUGGAUAGGAACUUUGUGCGCCUCUGGAGGCUUCAGUCAAACCAAUACCCCUCCGCCACGGAUUCGGACAAUGUAGACCAGAUGCCGCGCUGCAUGGACAAAGUGGCUAUGGAGGACGACGUGACCGCCAUGGAGUUCGUGGACAAGGACACACUGGCUGUCAGCUGUGCGGAUGGUCAUCUCAGUGUGCUGAACGUUCAACGAGCUGUGGAGGAGGAUCAGAUACAGCGCACGGCUCGGUCCGAAAGACUGCACUGCUUCCAACGCAGUCAGGAGUCUGCCCCAUGCACCGACCUUUCAGUCUACGGCACGGACAUCGCCACAGCCGGGGAGGAUGGUUGUGUGAACAUCGUCUCUGUCGGAAAUGUACGCCAGGUGAAACGAACAAUCGAGGCGGACAGCAUGGCACUGUUCUCGGUUUGCUAUGUCAGCCAGCAGGAAUUGGUGACCGCCAACCGGAUGGGUGUUAUCCGAAUGCUGGACGCCCGUGUGGCCACCGAGGCACAGCCGAAGACCACGUUCAUGGUGGCCUCACAGGAUGACAAGUCCUCGAACUUUGUCUCGUCGCUCGCCACGCAUCCCAUGCAGCAGCACAUCCUGCUCUGUGGCAGCGAGGAGGGUUCCAUAACGGUGUGGGAUCUGCGCAAUCUGAACUAUCCUGCCUCCUAUCUCAGCGCCCACAAGAGUCCUAUUAAUGAGAUCGGUUUCCAUCGCAAGGAUCCCUCCAAACUCUUCACCGCCGCAGAGGGUGGAGAGGUGUGGAUGUGGUCGGAGAACAAGGUCCUCGGGUGCGAGUCAAACAAGAAGGACGGACAUAGUCCCUGGCUGUCUGGCGAUCGGGUUCGUUCCCUGGUCGAUGUCGAGGGCUUGCUAAGCAACAUCCGCAAGGCAGUCAACUCCUUUGAUGUCCACGGAAGUCGUCUGGUCUGCGGAGGCGAUACAGAAGCCGUUUACCUAGUCGAUCACAUUGCCUAAAGUCUAAACUUUGUAAUGUCAUUUCAUUUUUAUAGAAUUUUCCAAUCGUUAGUAAAGCAUUUGUUCUUAUUCAUAAA